ACUCUGGAGUGGUGGGUUAUACGAAAAAUCAAGGCCAGCCAGAUAUACCUAGAAAAUUUAGAUCUAUGGAGAAGAACCAAGAACGAGCUAAAGGACUACUCACUUGGGUACAGAAUGCUAUUUCUUCUGAUCGAAUGGGUGAUCCAGGUAAGCCAGGAGUUAAAUGGUUCAAUAGAUUCUUAAAAGACUAUGAUUUAAUUCCUAAAUAUUUACAUAAAUUAGGAGCUGUAUAUGCUGUAGUGAUGCAUGGAGCGCAAAAUUUAGCACAUGCUAUGACAAUCGCUAGAGAAGCACUUCGCCAUAGUGUUGACAACCAUACUUCUCCUGUGCAAAAUUACGUUGUAGUGAAUUAUCAGAAAAAAGGGCAGACUCCAGAGCAAGCAAGACCAUUCCGCCUUUAUGAUGAUAACUAA